AUGCCGUCCAUUUUUCGCAAGCGCGGCGAGCCCGAGGAGAUCACGCCCUACCCCGCCCUCGACGAUGCCGCGGCCACCGGUAUCGAGCCGCUGAAGGCUCUGGCUCAGUUCGAGAAGGCGCACAAGCUCGACCCCAACAUGCCAAUUGACGAGCUCAACGAUGUCGAUACAGCGCUCGCCACCGGUAACGCCGAGAAGGGCCUCGAGAUCGAGCAGGCCCUCAUGGAGGACAACUCGCCUUAUCCAGAGGUUCGCGCAGUAGUACGGAAUUACGAUGUCGAUUUGCCGGCAAACACGAUUCGCGCCUGGGUCAUUGGCAUGCUGCUCUGCACCGUUGGCUCUGGUGUUAACAUGCUUUUCUCACUGCGCAACCCGAGUGUCACGAUUACGACCUAUGUCGUGCAGCUCAUCGCCUACCCCAUCGGCUUGGGUUGGGAUUUGAUCAUGCCGGAUAAGGAGCAGAAUGUCUUUGGCAUCAAGUUCAACCUCAAGCCUGGCCGCUUCAACUACAAGGAGCACGUCAUCAUCGUUGCCAUGUCUAAUGCCGCAUAUGGAGGUGGUGUUUUGUAUGCGACAGAUGUUCUCCUUGCCCAACAGCUCUUCUACAAGCAACACUUUGGGUGGGCCUUUCAGUUGCUUUUCGGCAUCACCACUCUUUGCACUGGAUACGGUCUGGCUGGAUUGGCACGUCGCUUCCUCGUUUGGCCCUCUGCCAUGAUUUGGCCCUCGAACCUGGUCAACUGUGCUCUGUUCUACACCCUUCACGACCACUCUGGCUCGGACCCAACCAAAACCAACGGAUGGAAGAUCGGCCGCUACCGCUGGUUCCUCAUUGUCGGCAGCGGUGCCUUCAUCUGGUACUGGUUCCCUGGUUGGAUUUUCCAGGGUCUCUCGUACUUCACCUGGAUCUGCUGGAUCGCGCCCAAGAACGAGGUCGUCAACAAGGUCUUUGGUGGCCUCUCGGGCUAUGGACUCAUGCCCAUCUCAUUCGACUGGACCGUGAUUUCCGGUUAUCUUACUUCCCCACUGAUCCCGCCUUUCCACGCCAUCGCCAACGUGAUUGCUGGCAUCAUCGUCUUCUUCAUCGUCGUUUCUUCCGGCAUCCAUUUCUCCGGCACGUGGUACUCCGACUAUUUCCCUGUGCAGAGCUCCGAGUCGUUUGACAACACUGGCGCGGUCUACAACGUCAGUCGCAUCCUCGAUGCCAAUCUGCAGUUCAAUGAGACUGCCUACAACGAUUACUCGCCGCUCUACCUGCCGACGCAGUUUGCUCUUGCCUACGCCCUGUCUUUUGCCGCCGUGGCAGCUGUUGUCGUUCAUGUUGCCCUGUACCACGGUACGGAGAUCUGGGGCCAGUUCAAGCUUGCCCGUCACCAGGAGGACGACGUGCACAUGCGUUUGAUGAAGAAGUACCGCGAUGCUGAGGACUGGUGGUAUCUCGCCCUGUUCGUCACCAUGGUCGGCAUCUCGUUCGGUGUUGUUGCUGGCUGGCCAACCGGGUUCCCUGCUUGGGCCUACGUCGUCUGCAUCCUGAUUCCGGUCUUCUGGCUCAUCCCCAUUGGCAUCGUCCAGGCCAUUACCAACAUCCAACUCGGCCUCAACGUCCUGACCGAGUUCAUCAUUGGUUACAUGGUGCCCGGCCGGCCCCUUGCCAUGAUGAUGUUCAAGAAUUACGGCUACAUCUGCAUGUCGCAGGCACUCUACUUCGCCCAGGAUCUCAAACUGGGUCACUACAUGAAGGUACCGCCUCGUACCCUGUUCGCAUCCCAGCUUGUCGCCUCGCUCUGGUCUGCCGUCGUCCAGAUUGCCGUCAUGAACUGGGCUCUUGGCCACAUCCCCGACGUAUGCCAGCCCGACCAGCCCAACAGCUACACCUGCCCCGGCGGUCGUGUCUUCUUCACGGCGUCCAUCAUCUGGGGCGCUAUUGGCCCCGCCCGCAUCUUUUCUGGACAGGCGCUUUACUCAUCCCUGCAAUGGUUCUGGCUCGUCGGCGCCAUCACUCCGGUCAUCACCUGGUUUCUCGCCCGCAAGUGGCCCAAGAGCAUUUGGCGCUAUGUCAACACGCCGCUGCUGUACGGUGGUUCCGGCUGGCUGCCCCCUGCUAGCGUCUACAUCUACCUUUGCUGGGCUCUUGUCGGCACCAUCUUCAACUUCUUCAUCAGACGUCGCUACACCGGCUGGUGGUUGCAGUACAACUACAUCACUUCGGCGGCCCUCGAUUGCGGACUGAUCGUGGCCACGCUCAUCAUCUUCUUCACGCUGUACCUCACAUCGGCGAGACCACCUCAAUGGUGGGGCAAUGUUGAUGUCUUUGAGACGAUGGACUGGAAGGGCACAGCCAUCAGGACGCAAGUGGCACCCGGUGAGACCAUUGGGCCCAGUAGCUGGCCUUGA